UGAGCCUACGCAGUUCGUUCUUUAUUAUACGCUGGCGCGCGCACGUGGUUCUCGCCGACGUGGUCCCGACUGGCAUGGCGGGCACCAAAACGUUCACGUGCGAGCUGGACGCCAGUUCGAACUGCCCAGCGAGUGUUGUAUGGCUCCGUGUUGACCUCUGCACUGCCGAGGACGCGUACGAGUGGAUCGCCAGCUACAGUCGGACUACCAAUACGACAUGGAUUGUCGACUGGGAAGUCCGAAAUCCAAAGAGGAUGGUGUUUCACAAGAAAUGGAGAUGCCAGCACAGUAACCUCAACAAGACCGCUGGCCUGAAGUCCACGAACUGUUCAGCAUUUGUCGACAUCAAGAUCAAGGCUGUGACAAAGCAAACACAAAGAAACGAUUCAUUUCUGAAGAGGGAGCAUCCUUUGUGCGCCAUCGUUAAGCUAAAGGAGGACCACAACCAUGAGCUGAGCUGUGCUGAUGGACUGCGCCUUCUACGAAGCUCUGCUGACACACGGGCCACUUUCCACAGCUAUUUUAAAGAUGGCCUUGCACCUGCAGAGUCUCUUCAGCUUCACCAGCAGAAACUUGCUGUCGAAGAUGAUGGUGUCCAGCAACUGGCAAAUGGUGCACUCAAUCCAUCUGCUAACACUGUGUACCACUGGUUUAGGAUGUGGCGCAAAGAUAACUAUGGUGAUGAACUGGAUCCACUCAGCAAGCUGGAGGAAAAGGCGCCAUUGUAUCAUCAAAAUGGGGUCAAUGUUAGCACGACCAAGUCAAAGGAUGGCAACUGCUGGGCAGUGUUGGUUGUUACAAGGAUCAUGCAGCGGACACAAGGCUUGGAAGCUGCAAGCGAGAUCAUCUUUUUGGACUCAACAGCUUCCUGUGACGAGUCACAGGCUACCGUUACAGUAGUGCUCACAGCUACUCCAGUCGGUGCUAUACCGAUCGCUGUGCUUAUGCACAAUUCCCAGACAACGGAAAGCUACAAGACAGCAUUUGGCCUCUUGAAACAGAAAUAUCCAUUCUGUUUUGGUGGCUUACAUACCCCACAGUCAUUCAUGACUGACAAUUCAUCGGCAGAAAAAGCAGCUCUGAAAGCAACAUGGUCUGAAGCAACUCAACUUCUCUGCCAUUUCCACGUGGCCCAGGCGGAAUGGCGGUGGCUGCAUGCAUCAAGCAGCAGCAUCACUCGUGACGAGAGACGGGAACUGAUGACAGCAUUCCAGAAGGUGAUGUAUGCGUCUUCAGCGGAAGAGCUAGCUGCUGCCACUGAAGAGUUGCUCCGGAAGCCUCACCGUGCAUAUGUGACACGAGUACGUGCAUUCCUUGAACGGAAGGAAGAGUGGGUGCUCUUUUUUCGGUUGAGCCUUAUGACGAGAGGCCACAACACAAACAAUUAUGCUGAAGCGACUAUUCGUGUACUGAAGGAUGUGGUGCUUGGCAGGCAAAAGGCAUAUAAUGUAGUUGCCCUUGUGGACCUUGUGGCAACAGUCUGGGAGGACUACUUUUCGAGAAGACUGCUUAAUCAUGCAUACAACCGUGUGCCAGCUCACCAAAUCUUCUAUAGCAAGCUUGUGCACAGGAUGCCUGAAAGUGUUGCACAGUCGGUGUGUGCUCUUGGUGAUAGCCUGUACCAGGUGCCCAGUGGGCAGGAAGAUGGUAAGAUUUAUCACGUUUGGCAAGACGUCGGCACUUGCACUUGUAGAAAUGGCCAACAAGGGGCAUUCUGCAAGCAUCAAGCAUUGGUUCAUAGCAUCUAUGGGGGAGGAUUUCCAAAUGCCCCAAUACUGAAACCCGAUGACCGGCAUAAGUUAGGUAUCCUUGCCCUGGGUGACAAGUGCCCUGACAAAAGUUUCUUUGGAAGCUUCCGUGAGGUGCUGCCAGAGCUCCCGUCCACCAGCACUGCUCAGGAAGUACGCAGCCAACAUGCACCUGAGCCUCAGGAUGAGCCAAUAGAGCUUGACCAACAUCACUUGGAGUGCUCCAAUUCCAACGAACGUCGCCAGGAUGCUGCCGAGGUGCUCAAACAAAUCCAGGAGGAGGAGUGGCGCUACUACUCCUUGGCUGCUGACAACACCUAUUAUCUCACUGUACUUGAACAGGUGCUGGCAGAAAUGAAGAAAGUGCACAAGGAGCCCCAAGUGAUUGCCUCUUAUCUUGCCCAGAAGGCUGCUUUUACAAGUGCUAGAAGGCGUGGCCGCACCAUCAAAGUUCAGCCGACUGGAAUAGCUAGACGUCGGCCUGGUGUGGGUAGAGGCUCUGGCAGACUGCGAGAGGGUCGCCCCUCCAAACAUCAAAAGGCCAAGCGUGCACAUGCACUGCACUUAAGCGUGAAGUGUGGUGUGCCCCAUGCGAAGUCCCAUGGAACUAGGCACUGAGCACAAGAGUAGGCAGCAUUCAUGAAUGUUUGAAGAGGCAGCGCCCAGGGCCUGUGGAGGGCAUACAAACUACUCUUGCUGUGCUGCAGCCAUACCAAGUGUUAGUCGUGCAACAGCACAUUGCAUAGUCGUUUAACUUGAAUUGUCACUUCGGUUAAGGAUACUGAGCCGUGUUUCACGAAUAGUAAAGUGCAUGGAAUUAGCUAAGCAUUACCAGAAAAUGAUAAUAGCAUUGGUGGGUCAUGCCAUUAUGCACUGUCUUUUGGGGAUGCUUCGAAUAAUCAAACCCUCUAGGAUGUGGCAGUGCUUGCUUGUGAUUUUCACUCCGAACAAGUCAUAUCGUUUGCCCUAGCCCUCCCAAUUGAAUAGCCUUAUCAAAUGCCUCAACUACAUUGUUAAUUGUUCUUUGCCUUUAGUGUCCCUUUAAGGAUUCCAUUAUCCUGCUUGAACAUCUUAAGUAAAGCUCAGAUAAAACAUGGAUGGCAGAAAGAAUGAGGACAUACAUACAGAGUGCUGCGCGGUGUAGAAGAAAUGUACUGAACUAGCGCCUGUUGAACGGUUAGUGCUAGUCGUAAGCAGUUGACCAACUUGUCCUUCUUGACAGUGCUUUCUGGCAGACAGGCCACUUUGUGCCGACCAUGAAGUUUCACUUUUAUUUGGCAAAACUGGUUCUGCUUUGAUAGCCAUGAAAUAUCCCAAGGUGCUGUCAAAAGAAUUUGUGCUUCUGCUUCCUGUUUUGGCUUGUGGAGGAGGUAUGCAGCAUCUUUCAAAAAUGGGACGUAGUUCAAAGUCAAAUGUGUGGAACGAGUCACGAUUUAUCGUCGCUGCUCUGUCUGCCUCCAUGGCAACCCUUGCAUUGCCUAUCACAGACCCUCGUCCUGACCUCAUUCCUUUGAAUUUCACUUGGGUAAGGAUUAUGAGGGGAGUUCACCAGAGAACCAACCAGCGUUAUAAGUGACGAAUACUGUUUAAAAUGGUGUUACGCUGGCUGGUCACCGAUAUCCAUGGGGCCUAAAGGAGGUUACAUUUGAAAAGGGGCACACACUGGCCUGAUGCGUGCUUACUCUCAGAUGUCUGUUUACUAUGUCAAAGGAAUUGUUGGUUUUUGAUGAAAGGUUACCAUCGGUCACUUUCAUGUCACUUGAAGCAAUAAACUAGGGCGGAGGAGGAGGUGCACAUUUUGUAUUUUUAGGGGCGCUCUUGCUUGGUAGAGCGGAUGAAGCCUCCUGCUAUUGUUAAU